CAAAACCUUCGCGAUGAUGUAUCGUUUUCUUUCUGGGAAUGGUUCUUCUCAAUUAUGCAGCUCAUCAAGCAGAAAUUGCUCAAAUUUUGGGAUGAAGGAUGGCUGGUAGGAUUCAUCUCUAAACAAGACGCAUCACAAUCUAUGAUGCUGUCCAGCCAUCCCACGUUCCUUCUUCGCUUCAGCGAUACCCAAACUGGAGCUGUGAGCAUAGGAUUUGUUUGUGAAGAUGAUGAUGGCCAAAAAGUACCGUUUCACCUUGCACCCUUCUCGAUCAAAGACCUUGAUCAGCUCUCCCUAGCUCAACGUAUAGCCAGCUGCCCUCAACUGAAGGAAAUAAAGUAUCUGUAUCCUCACAUGGAUAAAGAGGAGAUGUUGCGUUACUUUGACAGUGAAGAGAGAAAUCGUGGAGGCCCAGACAGUCCCACGGGUUAUAUACAGUCUGAAAUUGUAAUGGUCGCGAAAACGAGCAACAAAGCAUCUUCUGCAUCGGUGUUCAGUGGCGGUGAUUCACCAUCGCCACUUUCGGUACAGUCAAAACUCGAUUGGUCACCCGGUGAGGUGAUUCAGCCAAUCCAAUCAAUGGACAUGUAA